AUGUCUCCCAUCUCACGCGACAAAAUACUCUCAAUUGAAGUUGAACUUAGACAUGGAAAGUCUAUAGCCGAGGUAGCAAAGAUUGUUGGUGUUUUGCAGACUUCUGUCAAGAGAUAUCAAAGAAAAUUGAACAUCUCUACCUCAGUUCCUGGGGGUAGACCUGCCCAAAUCAAUGAAAGGCUUGCCCACCAUAUCAUCUAUGCAUUCCUAAAUGAGGAAUUUAUGACAACAACAGAGGCAGAGAGACAGCUAUGUGAUGAAGGUUUUGCUGUCAAGGCUCCAGCAAUCCACACCUUGCUAAAAGCAUCUGGGUUCAUCUGUACCUUGGAAUCACCUCCAAAG